UAAUCUUGCUGGUCAGUUUCAGGUUCAGUUCAGUUGCUCUCUAAAGUUUGGACUAAUUAACAUGGCUGAGUACACUGGGCAUCCUACUUCACAGGAAACUACUAGUCGAUCUGAACCUUUUUAUAUACAGUCUAUGAUCUGAACGCACCCGGUGAGUUUGAAGUUUGGGACGAUCUGUUGCUUCUUCAGGUCAAAUCAAAUCUCUUUCGCGCCUGCGUGAGUUUGUCCUACAUUUCCUAGCAACGGUCCUUGGAUACGAGCUGGAGGAAGCGCGCUCUCUGUCAACAACAACAUGGAGCCACAAGAGAGGGUGGUGGCAUCUCCUCAGGUGCCAGCAGAUGAAGAUAUGACUCAGUCUGUCGGACAAACUUCAGUAAACCAACUGGGAGCUCAAGGUCAUAGCCGAGCAAGUCUGGACCAGAGGCGGCCCAGACUGGAAACGGAUAGCUGGGAGAUUCAGCAGCCGUGGGGACAUUCUUUGCAGCCAGAAUUUCAGGACAGUAACUUGUCUCCUUCCCUUCCCCUGUUGCCUCUCCACUCUGGAGUGGAACACAUCUUCCCUGAAUAUUCUUUAUUUCAUCAAAGUGACAGUGAAUUUGCCCCUUUAAGGGCGUACCCUGACAUUUCCAUGGCAUCAGAGAGGUUUUACUUUCCACCCCAGGAUCGCACUACUCCGGUCUCAGAGGGUGGUUCACUGUCCCAGCACCCUUUGGCCCAGGCAACCAUCCUCUUGGAAGAAGGAGUGAACAGCUGCUGUUCUCUGUCCCAGCACAGUUUGUCACCAGGGGAGGAAGGCAAACGAAAGGAAACUGUUCCCUCCCCACUAAAUGCCAACACAGACAGACAGGGAGUACCAUCCAGAGAUGGUAUAAAUAGCAGAGAGAAGGACUUAGGGACACUAAGUGACCCUCCAGACAAGCCAGUAGGAGAGGCUGCUGAAGAUGAGACAUUCUUUCUGAGUAAGGACAUUCCUGCCCAGCAUCUUCUGGAGCGCCUUCAGAAAGAUAUCGGCAUGCCAAGCAGCAGCAGCAGUGCUGUUUCCUCUGCCUCUGAAAUCUCUGUGAAGAACGCUGCAUCUUUUGCAGAAGAGUCUAAACGCACUGAAGUUUGCAAACCAGGCAUUGACCAAAGAAUGGUUAGAAGAGAAGGUCCUCCAGGUGAAGCCUCUCUUCCCCAACAGCAGACACAACAACCUGACAGAGAUUUAUACCCUGACAAAUCACGAACAUUGUCAUCUGAGGUCUGUAACAUCACCAUGGGAUCCCGCAGCACUAAACCAGAUGACAGUAGUGAAAUGUUGCAUAGAGAGCUGCUGUCUGAGGUAGAGAGAUGCACCAGCUGUGAAGCUGAAUCUAAAAACCAACAGCGGAAAAGUCCUACACUGCCUGUUCAGUCUAUAACACCGUAUCCCACAGAGACGUCUGAAGGCAAGCCAAGUGUGAAUAGAGCAAAUCUUGUGCCAUGGACAGGGCCGUUUUCUGCAGGUGUUGAACGGGGUCACAGAGAGCAAGACCUCUGGUCCUCAGGGAACCAAACAGGGAUUGAUGGGUCCUACCUAGGUUUCCUUCCACAGUCUCAGUCCACUCCAGGAGUUUUUAAGGCCCCACCCAAAUCCAGUGUCAAGGCUAAAUUAGGGCAACUUUCUGCCAUAGAAUCCAAUAAAGAGAAUUCGUAUCAGUCAAAUAUAGGGGUCUCUCCACAGCCAACUGUUCCUGCGGCUGAUGUCUAUAGCUCGGACACAGCAAAUCAGUGCCAAGAGGAAGCUACCUCUGCAAAAGUCCAGUCUCUCCCAAGUCUCAACUAUAUGCAGAAAGUAGACGCUUGGAGGGCAAACCAGAGUUCAAGCAAGACGUCACUAUUUGAUAGCUUGGCACUGCAAGGAUUUACUGGCGUCUCUCCUAAAAAGAAAGCUUAUGAUGCUGUAUCUGACUCCCUGAAUCGCAUACUGAGUCAGCAGGCGAGGAGUUUACAACAGCCUCCUGUUUCAAGUGCUGCCGUUCAGAAUGUCUCACAGAGCUCCUCCACGGUUCCCUCUUCUUCAAGAAGAGGGGAGGCGGUGGGCAGUGCUCCCUGUGACAAAGAUAACGCUGGGUCUGCAUCAAGACCAUAUGCCUCACCAAUUGGCAGGUCACAGUCUCACUCGUCUCUUAUCACGGUUGUCAUGUCGGCCCAGAAAGAUCAGCACACAGAGAGACAUGCAGAAAAGGAGAAGAGUCAGACUCAGAACAAUGGCCACCAUCAGCCAAGCGCCACAGUUCAGUCCUCGCCUCUCGUGAGCCUUGGUCAGUUCAGCGAUGUGUCACUUGAUCGAGAUUUGACACUCUCAAGUUCCCAAGAUAGUUAUAACAGUGGAAUUAAAUUAGGAACUUCAAUUGGAGCUUCUUCUGUUGUCAGCCUAGAGGUCGAUAACUAUGUCCCAUACUGGACUUCAAAACAAUCAACACCGCCACCACUGCCCAGGCCUAGAGAGCUCAACAUUGAAGAACGAAUUCCGUUGUAUCUCCAUAACUUGGGAAUUGACCAGUCCCCCUCAACAAUCUUAACUCCAUUUGCACCGAGAGGGCCAAUCAGAGAGCCUGAAUUCUCUCCCACUGACCUCUGUACAAUUAAAGGAUCUAUUGGAACCCCAACCAAGAGCACCCAGCCCUCUGAAG